UGCAGUGGUUAGCCGCUAUCGGUAGCGUGCAGAAGCAAUAGACGCGAAGAGGAAACGCGUGAGUUUGUCACUUUCACCUAAUAAGAACACAUACAUACAGCUAACACACUUCGUGGUUGGAUGGUUAUUUUUUUUAUUCAGUUAGCCAAUGAGAAGGAAGUUGAUGAAUGAUUCCCUUUUCAAUUUAUGCGUCAAAUGAAGGGUUACAGGUCUACCAACUGGUAGUUAGCUUAAUGAAGUCUCUUAAGCAACAAAACUAACCACCACCAUUUGCCACUUGGUGCUUUUGGGUUAAGAGGAGAGAAGGUUCUGGCUAAGGGUUUUUGUCACACGUAAGAUUCCUCCCUGGGAAUGAUUGAUUUGACACAGAAAUUAACUUAUAAUAUUGUAGUAGUUGUUGUUGGUGCUGUUAUCAGAUGUAUUCGUUUUUUAUUGGUUGAUUGGAUUAAUAUAUUAUUAUUUCUAGAUUGGUGUCAAUGUUUCAAUGAUAAGGAGGUUGGUUCUGUUCUGACGAUAAAUCUCUUGGGAUUGGUUUUUGUCUUCGUGUUUUCAACACUUUUCUGCUCCCCACCAGAGGCGCAGCUCAGCGCCUUUUUCUCAAUGAUCAUUUGAUUCGUUAAGACCACUGGCCUUGUGUCCCACUACUCAAGACUAGGCUUUGUGAGACACAAGAAGCAAAAUAUGACUACCUAUAACUCAAGCAUAAGUUACGGAAGAGAGGGCUUUGCAGCUCCAUUUUCAGCAGAGCAGAAAUUUGUUACUUGUGCUGAUCCUGCUUCCCGUCCUGAUAAUGUGACAAUGUAUGUAAACCAAGCUUCUUCUGCUGAAUCAUACUUGUCUUCUUUUGCAACUCACAACUAUGCUGAAAUCUCAUCGACUGGAAUUAGAAAUGAAAUGAUGUUCAUUCCGCCAACAAGUGGUGCUAUGAGUUUGCCAUCCAUUGAUGGGCAAUUAGACACUGAAACUGGUAAUGCAAUUCAGAAUUCUGUUACUGGUGAUGCAAAGGUGAUCCCGAGAACACAACCGGGCAUUCAUGAUGGUGAACAGAAUUUUCGAUAUCAGGGGUUGUCUCUAAGCCUUGGCACGCAGAUGACAUCUGUAGGUUCUCUGCCAUCGUUUCAGUUCCAGUAUCCAAACCCCGAUUUCUCUUCGUUCUUGAGUUCACAUCUUCCAGUUUCAGGUGAGAGCAAAUUAUCUUGUGAAAGUGAUGAAAGUGAAAAAGGUAAGGAGUUGAGAAAUCCUGAAGUUUUGCUGUCUUGCUUUGAAACAGAGGCAUUUUACAACAAUCAGCACUCAAUAAGCCAUAACGAACUGCAUUCGACUAUGUAUCACUAUGAAACAAUAGGUUUCACAAACAGUCCACUAAAAUCCAAAUACCUCAAAGCAACACAACAGUUGCUUGAUGAAGUGGUUAAUGUCCAACAGGCUUUGAAGCGGCCUGAUUCAAAUAAAGAACAAAGCUGCCAUGAGAUUGGUUUAGAUGACUCCAAAUGGACUGGUGUUCAGCCUGUCGAGUCAGUUACCAACUCAUCUUCUGAACUAUCACAUGAAGAACGACAGGAUCUACAGAACAAGAAAACCAAACUUUUGUCCAUGGAGGAGGAGGUAGACAGAAGAUACAAACAAUAUUAUCAUCAAAUGCAAAUUCUUGUUUCAUCAUUUGACAUGGUAGCUGGGCGUGGGGCAGCUAAACCAUACACUGCACUUGCCCUCCAAACAAUCUCUCGCCACUUCCGCUCUUUGCGUGAUGCAAUCAAUGGGCAGAUUCAAGAGACUCGGAGAACCCUUGGAGAACAAGACACUUUUUCAAACUGUCAAGAAAGAAUACCUCGCCUCCGCUUCAUAGAUCAUCAGCUAAGACAGCAAAGGGCUCUUCAACAGUAUGGUGUGAUGAGACAUGCUUGGAGACCUCAGAGAGGACUUCCCGAGAACUCUGUUUCAAUCCUCCGUGCCUGGUUGUUUGAGCAUUUUCUUCAUCCCUACCCAAAUGAUUCAGAGAAAAUCAAGCUAGCAAGACAGACGGGGUUGAGCAAAAACCAGGUUGCAAACUGGUUUAUAAAUGCGCGAGUGCGUCUAUGGAAGCCUAUGGUUGAGGAGAUGUACAAAGAAGAGUUCGGUGAUCCAGAGGUAAUUUUUAAGACCAGUCAACACAAUGCCCCCAAAGCAUGUCGUGAGAACUCAUCAGCACCAGAAGAUAGAGGGGAAGAGCUGCAGGACAGUCUGACAUCCACACAAUUACAUGACCUUAAGUCUGAAGCUAUCCCUCAUGUGGAAAUGAACAAAUUCAUGCUAAGAUCAGUGUUUCAGAAUGGUGGAACUGGGUUGGAUUCUGGGAUAAUGAGAUUACAGGAUGACCAAAGUAUCCCACUGAACCAGAAUGGCAACAACAACAAUAAUGUUCUUAUUGGUGAUGCUGGAUCAUACGGUAUAUCAGAAUUGACUGGUUUUGCAGUUAGCAAUGAAAUUUCACUUGCAUUGGGAUUAAGGCACCAUGAGAGUGAUGCACUUCCCAUGUCAACCAGGACUCAAAUUGGAGGUAAAAACACAAUUGACUCUCCUGUGGAGCAUGACACAGUAGAUUAUCAUUGCAUGGAUAUGGAGAAUAAUCAGCCACAUCUUUUACAUGAUUUUGUCGUCUGAAACUUUGCCUUUGCCUGCACCAAGAACAGAAACAGUGUGCCCAUUUGUAUUUAGCUUGAAUCUUGUUAGCCACCUGUAAUAUACAAAUAGAGAUAGGUGAGAGCAUAGUCAUAUAUGUAUGUGUAAAGAAAAGAUUGAUAAUUGGGAUACUUUUUUGAAUAAAGAUUCUUGUAAUGUAACAGAACUCUCCCAAGUGUGAUAUUGUUGUAUAAUGUACAGACAUUUGGAAAUAAAGCAAAUUUUAUUCACUGAGA